AUUGCUGAAGAGAUCAUUGCUAAGCUCGUUCCUCCGGCACUAGAAAAGGUUAGAAAGUUAUAGGGAAUCAAGCAGGAACUUGUGAAGCUCAAAGACACCGUCUCCACACUUCGGGCUGUGCUGGACGAUGCAGAAGAGCAAUACUGCCAGAAUUGCCAAGUUCGAGUUUGGCUUGAGAAACUUAAAGACGCUUUCUAUGACGCGCAGGACGUGCUUGAAGAACUCAAUAUAGAAGCUAUGCAACGAGAAUUAAGGGGCCACAAUGAAAUGAUCAAGGAGGUAAGGACAUUUUUCUCAAGUUCAAACCAGCUUGCUUUUUAAAUUGAAGAUGAGUAACAAAGUAAGAGCAGUGAGGGAGAGAAUAGAAGCCAUUAAGGCUGAUCGGGGAUUCCACUUGGAUGAGCACCCUGAGAGAGAGUGGAGGAAGAGACCAGAGACGCAUUCAUUUAUACGCGAGGGAGAUAUUAAAGGAAGAGAAGACGAUAAGAAGAAGGUUAUGGAAUUUUUACUAGACACAGACGUGAAAGAGCACGUUUUCAUCCUUCCAAUUGUUGGUAUUGGCGGGCUUGGAAAAACGGCUCUCGCUCAAUGUGUAUAUAAUGAUGAGACGAUCAGUAAACAUUUUGACUUGCAAAUGUGGGUUUGUGUCUCUCAUGACUUUGACGUUAAAAAAAUAGUGAAAAAUAUGAUUGAAUGUAGAAAGAAGAAGAAACCGAACGGGGUUGUGAUGGAACGGUUGCAAAGUGAACUGAGGGGAAAAAUUGAUGGAAAGAGAUAUCUCUUAGUUUUAGAUGAUUUGUGGAGUGUAGAACGAGAAACAUGGCUAAGCUUGAAAACUUUAUUGGUGGGAGGUGCUAGAGGAAGCAAGAUAUUAAUAACUACUCACCUUACUUUGGUUGCAGAAAUCACCGGCACUGCUCAACCUCAUUUUCUCGGCGGCUUAUCUGAAAGUGCAUCUCUUGAUUUAUUAAUGCAAAUGGCUUGUCGAAAAGAAGAGGAGAUGCAAGAUCCUGAAAUGCUAGCUAUCGGCAAAGAGAUAGUUAGAAAGUGCUCUAGGGUUCCAUUGAUUAUUUGAACUCUUGGGAGUUUACUAUUCUUUAAGAAAACUAAACCAGAGUGGUUACACUUCAAAGAUGAUGAGCUCCCAGAAGUGUCUCAAAGGGAAGACCACGUAGUAUAUGUUCUUAAGCUAAGUUAUAACCAUCUUCCUUCACAUUUGAAACAAUGUUUCGCAUUGUGUUCAUUGUUUCCUAAAGAUUAUGAGAUAAAGAAGCAUACUUUGGUCAAUCUUUGGGUGGCAGAAGGAUUUAUCCGGCCAUCAAAUAGAAGUCAGAAUUUAGAAGACAUUGCUCAUGGAUAUUUCAUGGAUCUACUUUUGAGUAAUUUCUUCCAAGAUUUUCAAAAGGAUCCAAUCACGAAGGAGGAGACUUG